GCGUUCGCUUUAUUCAAUUCCCAUAAACGUCGUAGUCCGGUUCGCUCUCUGAGUCUCUCUUGGAACAACGGAAUAUUCGCGAGAACCCACUUUCGAUCGAUUCCACUGGCAUUUUUCGUUUGUUUUUUGGAAGCUUUUUUACGGUUGUCGUUGGCAUUUUGGAAUUUUUUUUGAUAAUUUCGUGCUCCGGCGGUAUAGUGAGUGCUCGCACCGGUUGUGCUCGAAAGGGAGGGAAGUUUGGUGUGUUUAGUAUUGAUUUUUGUGUUUGUUUUAGAGGGAAAUAAAAAGGAAUUUUUGUGUUUGUGUCUUUUUUUAUUACUGAGGUUUUGCCGGUUUAGCAGAUCGGCCAUGUUACUCUUCUACAAGAUGCUUUUGAUGGGCCUAACGUUCCUGGUACAUACCGUAAAUGCGGCAGAUCCUGUACACGUACUGUCAUACAACUUUGAACAGACCGUUACGUCUACGACUCUACAGUGGGUGUCUACGGAUGGUUCCGAUCCUAGUGUGCUUAAGUAUGCCGUCGUUGGGGCAUACCAAAUCACUGAUGAUUCAAACGAACCAUCCCUACCGGACGACAACGACAUCCUAAAAUCCCACCAAGAACCGAUCUACAUCUGCAGGGCAAAACUCACCGGCAUCUGGGUGACUGGCCAACUACGUCCCAACAAACGCGCCUGCGUGGCCACGCUCUACCGUAAAGUAGAGUCGUUCAAACAAUUCGAGGUGCUCUACAACAUCGACCAUAGCGCGAGACUCAGCUGGGUGAGCAAAGACAAAUACACGAACAUCCCCCAGGGGGCGAUCACUAGCGGCGAGAACGUUCUGAGGACGUUCGUAGGUCGAAAGCCUUCUGCCAAUCCAGACAUGCCUGGACAUAUGACCCAUUACAUCGGUACCUUGAAUCCCAGCGAGGUGUUCGGUACUUACCAUGUGGUAGACGAGAAUAACACCGAUAUCGCUAGCGAGGAUGGGCAGAUCUUGGUGGAAACUGAGCCAAUAAGUUACGAGAUCAAGAACAUCCGUUACAAACCUGCGGGCAGGGGCAGACGUUUCCCCAAGAGGAAAAUGGUCUGGGACACCACUGUUUUGAAGAACGACGAGUCGGGCGUGCAAAAGGUCGAGAGCGUCAUGACUUAUGAGUAUGAGUACUUCCUCAGCUGGGGUAAGGGGCAUGGCCUCCUCACCGGACUACCAUUUACGGUGUUCCUCCCUAAAGGGGAUAAGGUGGAGGGUGUGUGGGGACUCCCUAAGCCGGAAAAACGGGUGGAAACGGUACCCGUUGACCGAAAUCUGGACGAGGGUACCGCGGUGAAUGUUACACUGGUGGGGAAUUUUACGGAAACCGAAGUCCCGUACUCGGCUACCGUUGUUGCUAUAUAUAAGGAUGGCGAGAGGUUGAACUUUACCAUUGAGGACGUCAAGAGGGAGAAUAAGGUAAUCGACGUGGCCUUCGACUUCAGCCCCAUGUACUUCUUGCAUAACAACAGUUUGGUACCAACCACCACGCCUGCUCCGACCACCACCACUUCCACCACCACCACCCAAUCCACUACCAGUAGCGGCACCACCCAAGAGAUCAGCCCUAUUUCACUCCCCGAAGUGGUGGUGCGUCAAAAACAAGAACCGCUGCACUCCGAGAGCAAGAAAACCGACGAGAACUCGUCCGGAAGGGUGGCCUCCUUGGAGAAGAAACCGGAUAAGAAGGAGUCGAGUGGGGCAGCGGGAGUUUUCGUGACGUCACUGGUUCUUAUUGGAUCGGUGGUGAUUGUCGGUUUGAGGGUCGUGUAAGGUCUUUUAGGGUUUGUGGGAGAAGUGGGAAGGGGUGGAGUGAGGGCAAAGUUUGAAUGGUUUUGAGGUGAAUUAGUUGAUGAGUGUAGGGUUGGUGUCAAAUUUUGGAUUGGGGAGCGUUAAUGGAUAAGCCCUAUGAACAUGUUCAGUGUUACAAGUAUAUAUUGAAUAAAAGGCAUCAUUAUUAUUAUUAAAAAUGGUAAAGAAAAAUUUCUUAUUGGUGGUAAUACCCUUGAAAAUCGCAUUGCGUCUUAUGGGGGUUGCAUCACAUAAAGUUUUUUACUUCAGUUUAAUAGGAAAAAAAAUGUAAAUAACUUAAAUAAGGAAAAAAUUUAAAAUUGUUUUUUUAACCUAAUUUAUUUAAAAAUUAAACAAAAAUUAUUGAAUCAAAAUUAAAUCACUUCUAAUUUUACAAAUGAAUUAUAAAGAAAUAUUCUCUUUGGUGGUAGCGCUCCUAAAAAUUAUAUUGCGUCUUAGGCGGGUUGCACCACAUAAAGUUUUUCACUUAACGUUUUACUCAUUUAAAUAGGAAGAGAAAAUUUAAAUAAGCCAAAAAUUUAAAAUUGUUUUUUUUUUUAAUAUAAUUUAUUCAAAAACAUUUUUUUUUUAAUUUAAUGAAUCAAAAUUAAAAUUACUUUUUAAUUUUACAAAUAAAUUGUAAAGAAAAAUUCUCUUCGGUGGUAACAAUCUUAAAAAAAUGCAUUGCGCCUUAUGGGGGUGGCACCAUACAAGUUUUCUCUUUUGACACUUUUUAAAUAAUAUUUGACUAAAAAUUGUUGUUUUUUUCAUGCAUAAAAUUAAUAAAUUUAUUGAAAAAAUACCAAAAAAUUAGUCAAACGAGAAUGUCAAAAUUUUGACAGUUAACAUCACUUAGACUACAGUUUUACUACAUAAUUUAUUUAAAAAAUUAAAAAAAAAUAUUGAAUCAAAAUUAAAUCACUUCUAAUUUUACAAAUAAAUUGUAAAGAAAUAUUCUCUUUGGUGGUAGCACUCCUAAAAAUUGCAUUGCGUCUUAGGCGGGUUGCACCACAUAAAGUUUUUCACUUAACGUUUUACUCAUUUAAAUAUAAAGAGAACUUUAAAUGAUUUAAAUAAGCCAAACAUUUAAAAUUGUUUUUUUAAUCUAAUCUAUUAAAAAAAAACUUUAUUUAGUGAAUCAUUCAAUUAAAAUCACUUUUUAAUUUUACAAAUGAAUUGUAAAGAAAAAUUCUCUUUGAUGGUAACACUCUUAAAAAAAUGCAUUGCGCCUUAUGGGGGUGGCACCAUACAAGUUUUCUCUUUUGACAUUUUUUUAAGUAAUAUUUUAAUAAAAAUUGUUGUUUUUUCAAAACCAUUGAAAUACGAGGAAAAUAUUUCAUUGCAAAUGCAGAAAAUUAAUAAAUUCAUUGAAAAAAUACCAAAAAAUUAGUCAAACGAGAAUGUCAAAAAUUUGACAGUUCACAUUACUUAGACUACAGUUUUACUACCUAAUUUAUUUAAAAAUUUAAAAAAAAAUAUUGAAUCAAAAUUAAAUCACUUCUAAUUUUACAAAUAAAUUGUAAAGAAAUAUUCUCUUUGGUGGUAGCACUCCUAAAAAUUGCAUUGCGUCUUAGGCGGGUUGCACCACAUAAAGUUUUUCACUUAACGUUUUACUCAUUUAAAUAUAAAGAGAACUUUAAAUGAUUUAAAUAAGCCAAACAUUAAAAAUUGUUUUUUUAAUCUAAUCUAUUAAAAAAAAAAAAAAUUUUGUUUAAUAAAUCACAUCAUUUAUUAUUUUACAAAUAAAUUGUAAAGAAAAAUUCUCUUCGGUGGUAACACUCUUAAAAAAAUGCAUUGCGUCUUAUGGGGGUGGCACCAUACAAGUUUUCUCUUUUGACAUUUUUUAAAUAAUAUUUGACUAAAAAUUGUUGUUUUUUUCAAAAGCUUUGAAAUACGAGGAAAGUAUUUAAUAUUUCAUUGCAAAUGCAUAAAAAUAAUGAAUUCAUUGAAAAAAUACCAUAAAAUUAGUCUAACGAGAAUGUCAAAAUUUUGACAGUUCAAUAAUAUACAGGGUGUUCUCAAAGUUGAGUCAUUUAUUGUACAAACCUCUAGAAUUCGUAAAUAUUUAAUUAAACUUAAAUGCCUGUAAGUAACUUCUAAGUAAUUUAAAUUCCUGGCUUAAGUGACUGAUAGAAGUUGAGAAUGCACUUAAUUCCAGCUCCUUAACUCUUUCAAGGCAACGUACACGGUGGAAUAAGUGUCUAAAGAGCCUGGACAAAUGACUAAUUAAUUUUCGUUAAAAAUUGCCUUUAAAUGCCAAGAAUCAUGCGGUAAAAACUCUACCAAAAUGCCCUUUUUACACUCUCCAUACAAAAUACAUUCUUGUUUGGACUUUGAACCUGGAUAACUUGAAAAGUUUUGCCUGAAUUGCUUUGUAUCUUAAACAACAUUUAUAGGGCACUCUUUCCUUAUUAUAAAACUGUUAAUUUCAUAUUUUUAUCUUCAGUAGUUCUUGAGAUAUAAGACAAUUAGUCCAAGCUCAUAAGUCCUUCUUUCAGGCAUUUAAACCAUUUUCUGCGUCACUUGAAGGCUUCUUUCAGUUAUUUACGUUAGUAAGACACUUAGUCCAAGAUAUUUAGUGCCUGGAACUAAUUAAUUUUCGUUAAAAAUUGCCUUUAAAUGCCAAGAAUCAUGCGGUAGAAACUCUGCCAAAAUGCCCUUUUUACACUCUUAUACUCUCUAUACAAAAUAUAUUCUUGUUUGGACUUUGAACCUGGAUAACUUGAAAAGUUUUGCCUGGAUCGCUUUGUAUCUUAAACAACAUUUAUAGGGCACCCUUUCCUUAUUAUAAAACUGUUAAUUUCAUAUUUUUAUCUUCAUUAGUUCUUGAGAUAUAAGACAAUAAUUAGUCCAAGCUCAUAAGUCCUUCUUUCAGGCAUUUAAACCAUUUUUUGCGUCACUUGAAGACUUCUUUUAGAACCUUAAGUGCCUGGAAGUAACCUCUAAUUAAGUACCUAAAAAGCCUGGUCAAGUGGCUAAUUAACGCAAAUUAGUGACAAAUUACAAAGGUACCUAAAAUACUUGGAAGAUAUUAGUUGAGUAAUCCGAGAGCCUGGAAUAAGUGUUUAAUUAAUUAAAACUCAACUGUAAGUAAUUUCUAAGCGAUUUAAAUUCCUGGAAUAAAAGUUAAUUGCUUGGACUUUUGACCUGGAUAACUUGGAAAGUUUUGACUGGAUCAUUUUGUACCUUGAACAACAUUAAUAGGGCACCCUUUUCCUAAUAUAAAACUAUUAGUUUCACAUGUUUAUUUUCAGUAGUUUUUGAAAUAUUUGAUUUCUAGUGACAACCUAUUGCCUAGACUUUAAAGAUUGUAACUCACGUACUAAUGGCUGACUCAACUUUGAAAUCUACUUCUACUUCACCUUCAAACUUUGCCCUCUAUAUUGUAUUUUCCUUUCAGGAGCGGUCUGUAUAUAGGGUGUAAAUAAUUAAAAAAAAGGGGUCAAGUGAAAAGACUUUUAUUUUCUUUGUUUUUUCGUCCAUAUUGUAAGUUAAUAAAUAAACUCUUAGUGGUGGGUGCUUUUAAAACCUUCUCGUUACGUUAAAUUGUUUAUUUGUUUUGUUACUAAUGUUAUUUUUAUUUUUUUUUUCGAAGCUUUUGAAGGCACCUGUACCUGUACCGUGUGUCUUAGAUAGACACUUUCUUUGCUUCUUAAAAGUAGUUACUGUAGUCUUAAUUAGAAUUAUUAUUAUAUAAGGAAAUCAAAUAUAUUUUGCAAGACAAUGUUCGUGGAUAUAUUUUUGCUAUGGAAACCGUAUGGCAUAUUGUGUUCAGUAUUGACAUAUAUAAAUAUAUAUUAUGAGCGUAUGUAGGUAAAAGUUGAUUAUUUUGGGAAAAAAAUCGAUUUUUACCAUAAGUAACAUGUACAAACGGUAUGGUACUAAAGAAAUGAUGGCUUAGACUAUAAGACUUUUAAUGUUUUUAUUCUCUGCAUCUCUCUCUCUCUCUCUAUUUUAUUAGAAUAAGGCACCGCAGCUGUCUCUUUUCCAAACUGUUCAUUCCAGUUAAAAUAGUAUUAGAUAUUGUACUCUUUAAGUAUUAAACGUACGUCCCCCGUACGUUACUAUACACGAAUAUUCCAAUGUUAAUAAGUGUGAUAUUAUAUAAACGUGUUUCCAGUUACUUUUUCCUAGGAGGGUUCUAGUGGGGCUACGGCAGUAGCUCUCUAAUGCGGAUGAUUUCUAAAAACCGGGAUAUUGUCGAAUGUAUAAAGAAUACGAUUAUAAUUUUUAAUGUACAUUUCUUGUAUUAUGUAGAUAUGGUAAUAAAUAUACAUAAAUCCA